AUGCCUGUUAUUGGAGUCGCCGGUGCGUCUGGAGGUGUUGGGAAGGCGAUUGUCGAGAGACUGGCCAAAGAGCCGAACUUCCAGGUUAUCGCUUUUUCUCGCAGUGUGAGGAAACCAUCAUCGAGCCCUCCACUACAAAACGUUCAGUCUGUGCAACUCGACUACAACGAUGUCCCUUCGAUGGCAAAAACACUUGAGGAACUCAACGUCCAUUCAAUCAUAUCGACCAUUGUCCUCGUCUCUGAGGACGCGAGUCAAUCUCAACAGAAUCUGAUCGAUGCCGCCGGAGCUUCGGCAGCGACCAAAAGAUUCAUUCCGAGUGAAUUCCUCUUCAUUCAACCAUCUUCUCCCCCCUACGUGGAUUCCGUUGUGCACAUGUGGAUUGCCUCGAUAGACCGAAUCAAGAAAAACAACCUGGAGUACACCCGUAUUGUCAAUGGACUUUUCAUGGACUAUUGGGGCAUACCUAAUAUAUCCACCUCCCUGAUUCCCAUCACCUUCGGAAUAAACAUCGCCAAGCGUGAAGCAGUCAUCCCCGGUGAUGGAAACAACAAGAUCUGCAUCACUCUUUUGGCUGAUAUGACCAACUACCUGGCUGCACUCCUUAAUGAAAAGGAAUGGCCUGAAUUCAGCGUGUUUGUGGGAGAUGAACUAUCCUACAACGAGAUGGUGAAGAUCGCUGAAGAAGUGACAGGUGACAAAUUCAAGGUGACGUACAACAGUAUUGAGGAGCUCAACUCAAACAAGGUCAUCAUUCCGCCUAUGCCUGAAACAACCUAUACACCGGAGGAGCAGGUAGCAAUCACUGCGCAGGUCGCUAAACUUGUUGCACAUGGUGUUUUGGAUUUCCCGAAGGAUAAUAGGUCCAAUGACCGCUUCCCCGAGCUGAAACCUAUCAAGUACAGAGAGUUCUUGCUAAAAUAUGCGACUCGCAAGGCAUGA